AAAUCAGUCUUAUUAGGUUGUAUAUAGGGAUUGUUGGAGGACUUUUUCACCGCGUUAGACAGCUUUCGCUCUACAGCAUGUUUUAGGGCUAGGUUAAGACCUACAUAUACAAUGUCGGAUAGACGUAGAUCGGCCAGAAGCAAUAACUAUAAUAAUGUACUUGAGCAGCAGAGACUCGAUAAUGCGCUUAAGCGUAGAGCAAGUGCCAACCGACCAGCAUCCGCGGCGUUAGAGCACACCGUGCUCUCGGAGGCCCUCUGCCAGCCCGUCUGGCACCUGUAUGAGAAGUAUGCCAGUUCUAGUCCGCUGUUGGAGCGCGGGGCGGGCGACGUGUCGGGCCGAUCCCAGAGGCGCAGGCCCACCCGCACCACCGACGGCGGGUCCGAGGCGGCUGGCGGCAGCGGCGGCGGCGCCCCGGGUGACGCCAUGGCUGAGGCCCUGGCGCCCACAGCCGCUGCCUCCGCGGCGGAGGCGGCCAAGACGUGGGAGGCAAAUGGCCACCACUGCCUGGACCUGCUAGAGCCGCUGCUGGGGGCGCACGUCACCCCGCCCAAGCCGCUCCAGGAGGCGCUCAUGCACUUCGUGCUGAACGCGGAGAGCCACGCCACCAACCUGUCCGGCAGGGCCUACGCGUUGUUGGAGCGGAUGCUGGAGGCGCACCCGCCCGUGAAGAGGCGGGGUGAUGUGCUGGUGGUGAAUGAGAACCUGUGGGAGCCCGUGUCAUGCAAGUGGCAGAG